CUACAAAACCAAAGUUUUACUGCAUCUGCGAUAUAUUUAUAUUUGAUACCACUUAUUUAAUCCACAAUAGAAAGAUGAAUAGAAAACAAGAGGAAAUGUAUUUUUUGUAAAGUUUAUCAGCUGCUUAAAGUGUCGAAAGUAGUUAGCUAGCUUCUUCAGCUAGCCACCUCCGUAACGGCAGCGCAGCGACUUGACGUCAACAGUUUAUAUGAACUAACGUCGGCCGAGUUUGAUAAUGUUGGUGGCUUUUAAACACUAAGAGUUGUGUUGUAGGUCUGGUAAAGUUAUUAAAGAUGAUGGAUGCACUGUCGGUGGUGAGUCAGCUACGGGACCUGGCUUCUGAGCCCCAGAACCGCGAGGUGAUAGUCCAGGACCAAGGCUGUCUCCCUGGGUUGGUGCUCUUCCUGGACCAUAAGGACCCAGAUGUACUGUUUGCUACUCUGCAGACCCUACGUUACUUGGCUGAAUUGUCUGCCAACAUCCCCACCAUGAAGAAUGAACUGGGUAUGAUGGUGAGCUUGGAGAAUGUCAUGGCAAGGGAUGGUCUGUCUGUUGACAUCACAUCUUUGGCCAAGGAGGUUUAUGAUAUUCUCAGUGCACCUGCUAAUCCUCCACCCGUGAGGAGGAAGAAGCCCCAGUUCUUUCUGAAUUCUUCAAACAAGAAGGCCAAAUCGAUCACUCUGCACAUCCAAGGCUUGGACAGCACUCAACGAAGUUUGUGCGAGGAAGCUCUCCUGAAGGUCAGAGGAGUGAUAAGCUUCACCUUCCAAAUGGCAUCCAAGAGAUGUACUGUUCGCAUCCGUUCAGACCUGCCCACUGAGAGUCUGGCAACAGCCAUCGCUGCCACUAAGGUGUUGUCAGCCCAACAGGUGGUAAAAAAUGAGGCAGGAGAAGAGGUUUAUAUUCCUCUGAAAUCAUCUGGAGUUGAUGUGCCACAAAACUCAGCCCUGCCAGAUUACCUCCCAGAAGAAGAAGAGAGCCCUGUGAGGGAGGUCGACCGAGCAAUUUCACGCACUACAGCUAAGGAAGAUUCCAGCGGUAGCUGGCUCAAUGCUGCUGCCAGUUUCCUCACAAAAACCUUUUACUGGUGAAUCUGGAGAGCUCUGAAACCCAGUGUCACUGUGAGGUGCUUUUAAGACUCAUUCCAGUGUUUAACUUGGAUGGAUAUUACUUGUUGAAACACCAGAGGUCUAAACCACUCUAUUGUCGGGGUUUCAGUUCCUGAGAGAGAUGAUCAACAGAUUUUGGGCUACAUCUGUUUCAUUAUUUGAGCUGACUGGAGACUCACAUACUUGAAUCCUCGAUCCUCAUUCAGUGUAAAUAUUCUUUUCAAAGUGUCCAUUUCCUCCUCACAUGUACAGAGAAUGUUAAAGAUCCUGAAUUCUUUUUCCUCUUUCCUGUUUGUUGGUAGUUGUACCAGCUGCUUGUUUAUGU